GUUCAGUCGCAUCGAGCGAUCCGCGAGACGCGUAUCGCGUCCCCGUGCAUGCAUGCGUGCGGGUGUGCGUGCGUCUCUCUUUUUUCUCUCUUUCCUUAAGUGUAUACCGCGAUUUUGAUCCUGGGUCUUCUAUUAAGUUGGUGAUUCCCGUUAUACGUUUAUAACAUCCUAAAAGAGAUUAUCAAUAAUAAAUAACAAUAAGAAAGAACUCGUGUUCUUUUUUGAAGGAAUUCCACCUUCUCAUAAAUCAAGUUCGACGUAUUUUAAAGCACGUUUCGUCGUAUAUAUCACGACUAUUGGCGGCCGGCAGUGGCCGAGGUCGUCGGCUCGCGGCUCCGGUGCGUGAACGCGCGUGCAUGUGGAGUACUAAUAUCGCGACACGGUGUCUUUCACGAUAAUCCAAAUGUUGUCGUCGGAUACGACUUUGGAUGAUCGUUCUCAUAACGAACGUGGACCUUUUCGUACUCGCCGACGUAUUAGCGAGUUCAUCGUCGUCGCUUGACAACGCGGUAAGAGAGGAAGAAGAAGAUCUUUGUGAGAAAAAAGUCGAAGAAAAGGACGACAACGAAGAAGAAGAAAAAGAAGAAGAAGAAGAAGAAGGUGAACGUACGACAAGAAAAUAAGAAAGAAAAAGAGAAGGAAGGAAUCUUGUUGGCGAAUUAAUCGCAUAUCUUAUUCACAUUCGAUUAAUACAUAUACAUAUAUACAUAUAUAUAUAUAUAUAUAUAUAUACAUACAUAUAUAUAUAUCUUUCUCUCUCUCUCUUUCUCCGGUAAGUCUAAGCGAGCCGCGCGCGCGUCGCGGUGCCAUUUUGGCAAAAUGAAAAUAAUAACGGUGAGGAGGCAGGACGUAGGGCGUGCAUCAUCACCGGCAUCGCUUAUUCUCUUCCUCCUCUUUGGGAUUCUAUUUGGCGGUUGCGUCGACGCUGUUCUAUCGCGUUUACCGCGUUCCCUCGACCAUUCGAAAAAUGAGACCGAUUGCAAACAAGUCGCAGCCUUCUUCGAGAACGAGAACAAUGUCGUAGCGAGGUUGAUAACUACGAAACAGGAAUCUGGGACCACGUCUCCUAUAUCUAAGACGAUAUGUGACGCCCCAUGCUGUGGACACGAAGUCGAGGAUCAUUUGAGACACAAAGCCGGAAGGGAUUUUCACAAUUUGAUUCAUCAUCACAGCAGGAGUCUUCAGGGACUUCUUGCGACGACUGCUGAUGCAUUGAGAGAAACCGUAACGACAUUGGCGAAGCAAUCGGAGAACAAGACCCUGACCCUCUUCGAUCAAGUAUACCGAUCUAUGGCAGCUCAGAGUAAACCAUCGAUCAGAGCACUGUACCAAGCUAUGAUUGACUAUGUGUCACCUAGUAAUACGCCAGACAGUUUGCAACAGCCAUUGACGCGUGAACUUCUUCAGGAACGAUUUCUCGAAUUUUUCUCACGAUUAUUCCCUGUAGCUUAUCAUCAUGCCGUUAAUCCAGGAAAGGAUGAUUUUACGGAUAAAUUUAAAUCUUGCCUUUAUGAGACUAUCGACGAGGUACAACCGUUCGGUGAUGUACCAAAACAAAUUUCAAAGGUCGUCGGGAAAAGUCUCGAGGCAACCAGAGUUCUUAUCCAGGCAUUAACACUCGGCAAGACCGUCUUGGAUAGAACCGACAGCGCAUUAUUUUCUGGCACCAGUCCACAACAAGAAUCAUGCUACAACGCCCUACUUAGGAUGACCUAUUGUCCACGUUGCAACGGAAUCGGUGCUACUAUAAGACCUUGCAGCGGAUUUUGCACGAACGUUAUGAGAGGAUGCCUGACGGAGUCGGCCUCGGAGUUGGAUCUCGCGUGGUCUGGUUACGUGGAAACGGUCGAGAGGCUCGUCGUAGCGGUCGACGGUCGUAACGAUCCUUUGGGUCUGAAUGCCGAGAGGGCCGUCAGACAAUUGGACACCCGCAUUUCGGACGCCAUUAUGCACGCGAUGGGGAACAGCCGGGCUCUCGAGGAGAAGGUACGAAAAUUAUGCGGUCGUUCGGACGUCGAAUCACCAUCGUCCGAAAUCAGUGAAAUAACCGAAGAUACGAUUGAGAGGUCAUCGGAGGCAAGUCUCGAGAUGCAUGCAGCUGCACCGCCACCGUCAUCGUCAUCUACAACGCAUAGAACACUACCCACCAAAUUGCAUACCCAAUUGGGAAAUUUCUUGGCCAGCGUGGCCAGGUCUCGCACCUUCUAUGGCACCCUCGCCGAUACUAUCUGCGAGGAACAUCCCGAUAAACAUUGCUGGAACGGUGAACGAGUUGGAGAAUACUCGAAGACCGUAGUCGAUUCCAGUCUAAGUGCACAGAGGUACAAUCCAGAAUUCACGGUGACAACGGCUUCGUCAACGGCUUCCUACGGCAAUACGAACACCAGCGUACUCAUUGACCAAUUGAGGCACAUUAAUCAGAUAGUGCAAUCGCAAUUGGCAUUGGCACCAGAUGGAGGAACUCCGCUUGCUGAAGAAGCACACGAUGGUUCCGGAAGCGGAGACAGACCUGGUUGGAGAAACAAGGACGAUAUAAUGGACACCGAUGACGAGGAUUCAACGGAUGACGAUCGAGAGGACGAAGAGAUCUCUGGAUCGGGAAUGGGACCCAGUACGCCAGAUCCAUCGGUGAAGACCAAUCGAGAAUUCCGCCCAACAUUAGCCUCAUCGAGCAUGCUGAUGCCAUCGUUGUCGUUGAUCCUCGUGUUCGGCACGUUAGUCGCCUAAAAAGAAAGAAAGAAAGAAAGAAAAAAUGAAAAGGAAUGAAAAAGCUACAAAAAAAAAAUUCACAAAAAAAUGAAAAUGAAAAAAGUUGAUUUUCUGUUUCCGAAGGAAGAAAGACGAAGGCCCCCCAUAUUAUUAUUAUUAUUAUUAGUCCGUCGGCGAAAUGAUUUUCUCUUAUCCAUCCUCGAGACAGUGAAAUUGGUUGAGGGUAGAACGCAAAAGAGAUGCCAUAUUGUGUAACACGAUUCUUUCUUUCUUUCUUUCUUUCUCUCUCUCUCUCUCUCUCUUUCUCUCUCUUUCUCUCUCUAUCACUCUCUCUCUCUUUAUAUAUAUAUAUAUAUAUAUAUAUAUAUAUAUAUAUAUAUAAAGAGAGAGAGAGAGUGUGGAGAGAGGGUGGAAAGAGAGAAAAAUAUAUAUAUAUAUUUUUUUUUCGUCCUGACCAAGAAAAUAGAAUGGCCGAGAGAGAUUAGUGACUAAUAGAUCUUUUGAAAGACGAGAUCUUCAAUAAAAAGGGUGUCGACGAACGAACGAACGAACGAACGAACGGAAAAAAAAAGAAAUAAAAAAGAGAAAGAAAGAAAGGAAAAAAGUGUCAUCGGGGUCGGUGUCGAAAGUCGGGUCUCGAGGGGGUAAAUGAGGAAAAAAUGAAAAAAUAAAAAACUAAAAAAUUUGAGGAAACAAAUAAACAAAAAGAUAAGAAGAAGAAGAAGAAGAAGAGUUUGAGGAUAAGGAAGAAAAGGAAGAAGAAGAAGAAGAAUAAAGAAAAAAAAAAAAAAAAAAAAAGGAAAAAAAAAAGAAACGAAACAAAACGAAACGAAAUGAAAUGAAAUGAAUGUGAAAUGAAUGUGAAAUGAAUGUGAAAUGAAUGUGAAAUGAAACGAAACGAUAUAUAAAGAAAAGAAACCGGUCGAGUUUAGCGGCAUUACUAAGCACGUAUGUAUUUAGAAAAUUUAGUUGGCGAGCGGUCGCGAGGACGUAGCGUUUGAAACAUUGCCAGACUCAAAGCCAGACUAUACGACGACGUAGAAAUCGUACGACGAGUUGCCGAAACGAGGAGUAACGAGAAAAACCAUCCGAUAAAACCAUCAGAAAGUCACCGUCAGAGAGAACGCGUUCAUGGAGAGAGAGAGAGAGAGAGAGAGAGAGAGAGAGAGAGAGAGAGAGAGAGAAAGGAGAGAAAAUAUAUAUGGGUUGAAAAGAAAAACGAUAUUUGGAAGAACGUUACUCCUUUCUCACCACUUUUCCCGAGAAUAUUUCAAACUUUUCCAACAAUUUAUCGCUUUAUUUCGCUUUUAUUCAUCGACAAAAAAUAUUCUCUUUUUAUAUCUUCGCGAAUACAAUCAAAGCGAAUACAUUGUUUGAACUAAAUCUCGCUACGUAUGUCUUUCUUUCCUUUGUUUUUUUUUUUCUUUUUUUGUUCAUUUUUUUCGUUUUUUUCCUUUUUUUUUUUUUUUUUUUUUUUUUUUUUUUUUGAUCUUUUUAAUGUCAAACCAUUUUUCUAAAUUUUUCGUUCAACAACGAUAGUGAUAGUUACAUUUUUUUUGUUCUUUUUUUGUUUACUUAUAUAUAUAUAUGUAUAUAUAUAUAUAUAUACAUGCAUAUGCAGCGAAUAUGAAUACAUUUUUUAUUACGAUCUCUCUUCAAGAUUCGAAGAUCGAUAGGUCAUUCGUAAUGUAUUAUUUUUUUAUUUUUUAUUUCGAAUUAUUUUUUUUUAAUUCCUUUCGAUAUAUUUUUGAUCGUUCCCGAAUCAUAUAUAUAUAUAUAUACACCGAAUUUAAAUCCUUAUAUUUUUUUCAUUUUUUUUUCCUUUUAAACCAUCUCUCCUCGCAAAUCUAAUAGGUCAUUUAAAAUGACGACUAUUUACGGUGAGCGUAAUCGAUUCGUCGUGGUUUUCCUCGUUUAAAACUCGUCCCUCGUUCCGGCGAACGCAUUUCGUUCAUUCCGUUGGUCGUCGUAAAUUAGAACAAAAAGAAAAAAAAAAGAAAAAGAAAAAGAAGAAAAAAAAAAAAAGGAAAAAGAAAAAAGGAAAAAAGAAAGAAGGAAAGAAAUAAGGAAGGAAGGAGAGAAGGAAGGAAGGAAGAAAGAUGAGUAGUCGCUCGCUCGUGACGAAGUCGUCGUGAUCGAUCGAUCGAUCAUACGAAAAAAGAUCUUACGAUCAUCGACGACGUUCGUUGGUGUGAUAUCGCGUAUGCCAUAUACAUAUACGUGUCGAAUAUAAUAAUAAUUGUAACUAACAAAUAUACAUAUACGAACGAAAGAAUGAAAGAAUGAUAGAAAUGAAGAAAGAAAGAAAGAGAUCGAGAAAGCUGAAACACCGGACGUCUCCGGUGAAUUAACUAAUUAAUUAAUUAAUCAACUAAUUAAUUAAAUAAUUAAUCCAUUCGUUAAUUAAUUAGGAAAAUAAGGAAUAAGUGAAAAAAAGAAGAAAGAAAAGAAAAAAAGCUUCGUUCAUUCGCGAUAAACGUUUCGGAGAGAAAGAGAGAGAGAGAGAGAGAGAGAGAGAGAGAGAGAGAGAGAGUCGAAUCGACAUUUUCAUGUAUAGUUAUGUAAACAUACAUUAUAUAGGUAUUUUGUAUGUUAUAUAAACAUACAUUAUAUAGGUAUUGUAUAAUAUAAUAUAAUAUCGCCAUUUCUACUCCUCGUGUAUUUGAUUAUUCGCGAUAAAAUAUAAUAUAAAUAUCACAGUAUUUUUUUUUUUUUGUUUUUUGCCAAUUGGUGAUACGCCUUUAUAUAUGGGUAUUCCUCGCACAAUCAAAUUCAAGAUCUAUUUCAUUACGAGCUGGGUUGGGGGAGGGGGGCAGGGGGGGGGAGGGAAAGAUCGUAUUUUACAUGGAGAAGUUCCUAAAUUUGUUGAGAACGUUCUGAUGAGAUAUUAUCGAAAGUAUCGGAAAGGAAAAAUAGUUAUCCACGAAUUUCGCCUCUCAGCGAGAGAAAUAAUAAAAAUAAUAAUAAUAAUAAUAAUAAUAAUAAUAAUAAUAAUAAUAAUAAUAAUAAUAAUAAUAAUAAUAAUGAUAAUGAUAAUGAUAAUGAUAUAUUAUUAAUAUUAAUAAUAAUAAUACUUAUUAUUAUAAUUAUAAUAAUAAUAAUAAUAACAGAAAUAAUGAUACAUAUAAUGAUUUCUAUUCGUAUUAUACGUGCUAUCGAAAUACAGUAUCGUUAAAGUUUUUAAACUCGAGAUCACCAUACUAACGAACAUAAUUACAACUUCCUUUUGAUCGUUAAUAAAUAACUAUAAUAGUCGUUAAAUAAAUAACAUUGAAAUUCUUCGCUGUAAAAUCAUUAAAGUCGUACCUUACAUACGACGAGCCUUUGAUGUGAUUGGACGAAAUUUUCUAAGUGCUGAAAAGGGAAAAGAGAAAAAAAAAAAGAAAAAAAAGGAAAAAAGAAAAAAAAAAGAAGAAAAUAAGAACGCAAAAAUAAAAUAAAAGAAAUAAAUAAAGAAUUAAUUAAAGCAAAUAAACAAAUAAGUAAAUAAAUAAAUAAAUAAACGAAUCUGAAGACUUUGAAAACGUGUGAAAGUAUUAACGUUUAAGGAAGGACCAUCGAAAGGGAUAUACGAGAGGAGAAUUAAAAAGGGACGGGAGGGGGGACGAAAAAGAAAAACCAAAAUGAAAAAACGAAAAGGAAAACAAAAAAAAAAAAAGGAAAAUUACAACAAGAACGAAAGAGAAGGAGCAUUAGAAAAGGGGAAAAAGAAAAGUUAGUAGUAAAUAAAAGAAAAAUAAAUAAACAAUUAAAAUAAAUUAAUAAAUUAAUUUAAAAAAAAAAAAAGAAAAAAAAGAAAAAACAUACAAACCUUAUUGUGUACUUAACGAAUGUCGUACCGGGGCAUUCGUUUGAUCAUUAAAAUACAAAUUCGAAAAUACGCGUUAUUAUUAUUAUUAUUACAUGCUCAUAUUCGAACGAUUCUACGAAUAAAAAGGAGGCACGAUAUACCGAUACAAUGAUAUACAGAAAUAAAUAAUGUUCUUUUAUUAAGUAACUACAAUUUACCGUGAUUUUAAUCUUUAUAUCUACGAGUAUACUCACAAGACUGAAUAUAUAUCCCAUGGUACAGAAUAGAGAGAGAAAGAAAGAGAGAGAGAGAGAGCAGACAGAGACAGAGAAAGAGAGAAAGAGAGAGAAAAGAAAAAAAAAAAGACAGAAAGGAAAUACAUAAUUUCAGUCGUCGUGAUAAAAUCAAGGCAGACAGACAGACAGACAAACGGGCGGAGAAACAUACAGGAGGAGAAAGUGAGUGAGAGAGAGAGAGAGAGAGAGAGAGAGAGAGAGAGAGAAGAAAUUUU